AUGACGUCAAAAGCUGAUGAGAUUGAAAAGUCAAUUUCAGCACCAGAAGAACGUCAAAUAGAGACAGAUUCAUCUUCUUCAUCAUUUGAACUAUUCAACGAAAAAGACGCAAAUAAACCAUAUUUAGCAAAAUCACAAUUAUUAGCUGAUGCAAUACAAGAAAUUGGGUUUGGAAAAUAUCAAAUUGGGUUAUUUAUCGUAGCUGGAUUUGGAUGGUUCAAUGAUAACGCGUUUCCCAUAUGUACUUCCUUGAUUUUACCUAGAUUGAAUGAAAUUGAUGGUGUUCAUCCGCCAGAGGGGAGAUUACCUUACAUUGUACUAGCACAAAAUUUUGGUUUAUUAGCGGGUUGUAUUAUUUUCUCAUUAUUAUCUGAUAUUGUCGGGCGAAAGAUUCCAUUCCAAAUAACUUUACUAGUUACUUCGAUCUUUGCUAUUAUUGCUGGUGCAUCACCAAAUUUUGCAGCUUUAGGUUGUUUUGUAGCGUUUUAUUCAGUUGGAGUUGGAGGAAAUAUAGUAGUUGACGCUUCAUUAUUUUUAGAGUCUAUUCCUGCUUCUUAUCAAUGGAUCUUAACUGUUAUGAGUUCAUGGUGGGCAUUGGCUGGUGUUAUAACAAAUUUAAUUUCAUGGGGUUUAAUAAGUAGUUAUUCUUGUGAAAGUACAACUAAUUGUUACAAAAAAGAUAACAAAGGUUGGAGAUAUUUUAUGUACACUAUGGGAGGCUUUACUUUUAUCUUGUUUUUGAUUAGGUUUGCUUUUAGAGUUUGUGAAUCACCAAAAUAUUAUUUAGCGAAAGGUCAAGAUGAAAAAGCUUUAGAAGUGGUACAAAAAAUUGCAGAAAUCAAUGGUAAGCCUUGCCCUAUAGCUAUUGAGGAUUUUCAAGAGAUUGACAACAGAUACGGUAAUAUAGAGGGCAACAAUGAUAAUUUGUUGGUUAAAAGUAACUUUUCCAAGUUUGAAAGUCAAAAUUUGAAAUUAAUGUUCUCCUCACCAAAGUUGACCACCUCCAAUUUACUAAUCAUCUUCACUUGGGCAUUGGUGGGUAUUUCCUACCCUAUGAUCAACGCAUUUCUUCCUUACUAUUUGGAGACUAGAGGUGAUGCUUUCAAGGAAAUAUCUGUUAGUCGAACAUAUCGUAAUUCGCUCAUAAUAGCAGUAAUAGGAAUUCCAGGGGCAAUCAUUGCAGGAUUAUUAGUCGAGUUAAGGACUGGUAGGAAAGGUGCUUUAUCAUUAUCAUUGUUGCUAACUGGGGUAGUCUUGUUUGGUUCAACAACAGCAAAAACUAGCAACUCCUAUUUAGCGUGGAAUUGUUUCUUUUCAUUGUUUUCAAACAUUCAAUAUGGUGUUUUGUAUGCUUAUACACCCGAGAUUCUUCAUGUUCAAAUUCGUGCUUUAGUGUUUGGCUUAGCUUCGUCCGCGAAUAGAGUUAUGUCGAUUUUUGCACCCAUUAUUAAUAUGUUUGCAGAUUUGACAACUUCAGCUCCAAUUUUCGUUGCAGGUGCUUUGUUUUUAGCAGCAGGUGUACUAGUAAUAUUUUUCCCAUAUGAGCCAAGAGGUAAAAAAAGUUUGUAG